CGCCAUUUCCCCCACACAAUCACCCAAAGAUAAGAAAAUACGGAGUACAGUCAGCCGACAUACUUGCCAAAAAGUACCCGUCAAUCAGAAAUUGGGCCAGAAAGGGUGAAGGCUGGUCAAAUGCAGCCACGCCAAGCUGACCCUUCAGCUGCAGAACGAACCCCCCCUCAUAGGCUUUCGGUAACUCCAGAGUCAAUCAUUGUAACUCAGCUGGCCCAAACAUUGAUUUCUUGUUACGUCAACUUUCAACGAAUUCGGUCGCGCGGUCGAUCUCUCUAUCAAGGGCUUCAUUAGCAUUCGGUUGUUUUCGCCAUAUACUACCUAGUUUGGGGCCAUUAGGUGCCUACCUACCGCUUGCUUGACAGGUCUGGAGAACCAAAUCGUUUGAACUGCGUGUCUGUGUUACUUUCGCGAUGACAGUCAACAACCAUGAUCGAGACGAUAAAUUAAACGUCGGGCACGAGCUAGACCAGGACCAGAAACUUGCGCUGGAGACCUUUGUCCGAUUGUGCAAGGAGAAUGAUCUCUUGGGUCGACCGGAUGGGAUGGGCGGUCGCGAUGCUUUGGAUGCGAUCAAUGAUGAGACGGCUUUAAUACGUUUUCUGCGCGCGCGCAAGUUCGACCCUGAAAUUGCUAUCAACCAGUUCUACGAGGCGAGUUUGUUCCGCAAGGAGAAUCGCGUGUUUGAGGUCUACGAUGGGAUUCGUGUCCAGGAUUAUGAGACCGCUGGUGGGGCUUACCCCCAAUGGACAGGCCGUCUUGACAAACGCGGCCUGCCAAUCUUCUUCGUGAACACCACCAAUGUCAAAACUUCAUUGCUGGGAUACGGGAAUUGCAAUUACGGCUACGUGCCACGCCCGUCGGAUUCUCAUUCUGGUCCCCCUCCUGCGGACGCAGCCCCGCAGCAAGAACGCGUGGACGUCCUGCAGCUGGGCUCGGUGAUGUUCGAUAGCUACAGUCGCUUUGUGUUUCCGUUGUGUUCGAUGGUCACUCGAAGACGGGUUACCUCUAGUGUGAUUGUCGUGGAUGCGACGACCCUGUCGCUUAAACAGGGGUUUGACAUUAGGAAUUUCGUCAAGGAAGCGAGUUGGCUUCUUACGACCUGUUAUCCUGAAACGGUGGAUAAGAUCUUUGUCUGCAACUGUCCAUCAUAUUUCGGCACUAUAUGGAAGCUCAUGAAGAGCUGGGUAGAUCCGAUCACCGCGGCCAAACUGGUUUUUUUGUCUCCGGCCGAGGUGUAUCCGGCUUUGAAGGAGCAUAUCCAUGACGAUGACCUUCCGACCCAGGUCGGUGGAAAGUUGGAGUUUGAGCACGGCAGGCCGGCGGACUUGAGUGAUGCGUUCAAAAAGGCCUUGGGCCGAGAACAGUUGGCAGCCGGGCCUCACAAAUGGGUCUACGAUGAGAAGGGGGGAAUGAGUGCCGUUGCGGUGGGGAGUGUUGAUGGGAAAUUGAGGUAUGAAGUCGUUGCGACUUUGAAUGGAUUGGGUGACUCAGGUUUAGAGGGUUAGGUUCGUGCCUUAGACUGUAGAGGAAACAUAGACCACGGGGAAAUAUGAUCGGCUCAGCUUAUCAGAUU